AUGAGUGGUCCAACGAUAACGGCUGAUAUCGUGUGGGUUAAGCGUGGUAUUUCUAAAAGUAUUCCUGAGAAGGUCAAGUUGACUGCAGAUGAAAUCAGACACCUUAUUCAAUGUGAGUCGAAUUUUGGGUCCUUUUGUGACUUUGAUUUAGCUGAUGAAGCAGAGUCAGAUACUGAAAUGGGAGAGAAGCAUUUUAAUGAAAUGUUAUUUUCCUUUCAUUUCUUUCAAACAUACAAAUCUAAGCUGUGGUGCUUUUCAUUCAGGAGAGUUACCAUGACUGGAAUUGCGAUGUAUGCUUCACCCCUUGAUGACCCUUAUAUCACAAAUCCAAUUGAUAGUGAUGCAGAAGAUAAGGAAGACUUUGAAAUAAAACCUGAUGACAACCUUGUUGCUGUUGCAAAAAUUAAUAAAGAUGAAUAUACACUUGAGGUUUAUAUUUAUAACGAAAAUGAUAAAGACUGGUAUGUACAUCACGAUUAUAUACUGGAUGCUCCACCACUUUGUCUAGAACAUCUGACAUACGAUCCUGGAGAACAAAACCACAAAGGCAGUUUCAUUGCUGUUGGUACAAUGAAACCUGUAAUAAAUAUAUGGGAUUUGGACGUAGUAAAUGCAGUUGAACCUGCACUUUCUCUUGGCGCUUCAUCUGGCAGGAGACGAAGGCGAGAUGGAAGUACACAAGCUCAUUCGGAUGCAGUGUUAAGUAUUUCGUGGAAUAGUAAUAGCGACCAUGUACUUGCUUCGGGAAGUGCUGAUGAGUCAGUUGUUCUCUGGGAUCUUGAUGAUGCCAAAGCAGCCACGAUAUUCCCUAACUGUGACGGCAAGGUACAAGCUGUGAAUUGGCAUCCAGGUGAAAUUUCUGUAUUGUUAUAUGGCACAAUUUCUGGAAAUAUUGCUUUGCGUGACUGUAGGCAAGGGACUUCCGCAUUACCCAGGCAUUGGAAAGUAGAUGGUGAAGUGGAACAAUUAUUAUGGGAUCACUUCAAUCCGUUCUACUUCUACGCCGUAACUAAUACAGGUGAACUAUAUUAUUGCGAUUCAAGAAGUACAAGCCCAUCGUACACAGUUAAUUGCCAUGAAGGAGGGAUUCACGGUGUUUCACAAAGUUACAGCGUUAAUGGUCUCAUCUGUACAUGUGGAGCUGACGAGAUGCUAAAGGUAUGGAAGGGUAGUCCAUCAGGACUGCAGAUGGUUCAUUCGCAGAAAUUGAAUUUUGGCGAGUUACAAUGCGUCAAGUUCUCACCUGAUUCUGGUCCUGUUGUGGCAGUUGGAGGCAGUAAGGAGGAGCUUGUUAAAGUAAUAUCUCUUGAUAGUUUUGAAGCUGUAAAAACUACUUUUUCUCCCUGA